CGGAGGAUGCCGGCGAGUACAAGUGUCGAAUUGACUUUCGCAAGUCACGCAGCGAGUACCGCGCCGUUCACCUCGACGUCUACGUGCCCCCCAAGGAGGUGAUCAUCAUGGACGAGUUCGGCCAGCGGCUCUCCGACCCGGUAGGUCCCUUCAACGAGGCCGCCCAUCUCAACCUGAUCUGCGAGGCGGAAGGAGGCAACCCUCGACCUAUUCUGCACUGGUACAAGAACGGCCGCCUCAUCGACGACACCUGGUCGGUGACGGCGCAGGGCAUCGUCCGCAAUGAGCUGGUGCUCAGUCGGCUGGAGCGGCCGGACCAGGGGGCGCUGCUCACCUGUCAGGUGCUGCUCAACGUGUCCACGCCGGCAGCGAACAACGAUCAAGCAAAGUCCACUUCCACAUCUUCCACAUCAUCUUCCACAACCUCCACCACAACUUCCUCUACCACAACUCCCUCUACCUCACUGCACGUCCUCAAGAGUGUCUUUAGUCUGAUUACACUGGAGCUUAACC